CGAUGCCCUUCCUCUCUACGAAACAUAAGACAAAUGACGGUCAAGCGCGACGAAUGCACAAGCACUUCCAUGAUUUGAUACGCUACCGCCAAUCGUCUCUGUCGCCAUUGUGGAGAACAUCGCGCGUUCACGCCAGCAUCAGGAUCAACUCGCAAAGCGUUGAUGAACGAUGUGAACUAACAAUGAUAUGAUCAGCCAGGCAGCACUUUAACUGAUGGAGACGAUCUCAUCAUGGCAUUAUAAAGUCAACACCCUGUCCGGCCCAGUCGGUGUAUCUCAAACUAUCCAUUGCACAGUAAGUACUUCCUUGGACCGGUAUGUUACUGCUCAUUCUUUUUUCCGCCGCCAUCGCGGUGGCCGCACCACUCAGCACCCACAUCGUCCACGAGGAGCGAGAUAUCAGCCGCGUCUACCACAAUGGCGAGAGCAAGAGGGUGCACCCGGACGCCAUCUUGCCCAUCCGCAUUGCAUUGGCGCAGUCCAACCUUGACAAGGGCUACGAUUAUCUCAUGCAAGUGUCGGACCCAGACUCUGAAGACUUCGGCAAGCACUGGUCGCUGGAGGAGAUUCAUGACCACUUCGCUCCCACCUUCGAGACCAAGCAAGCUGUGAGGGCGUGGUUGGAAGAUUCUGGAAUCGACAAAAAUGAUAUUUCGGAGCCAACCAGUGGAGGCUGGCUUGGAAUCAAUGUCCCAGUCAGUGUUGCCGAACGCCUCUUCAUUACCGAAUACUACGAGAGCCAUGGUGCAGACGGCGCCGUGGAUGUUGGCUGCGACAAAUACCACGUUCCAGCCCACUUGUCCAAUCACAUCGAUUUCAUCACACCUGGGAUUGGACUCACUUCAUUGCACAAGACAUCUAGGCCGUUGGCGCCACUGCGUCGUGCCCUGGAAGAUACGCUUCUCCAGCGCCGUGAUGAAAACUAUACUGAUCUCCCUUGUGGAGAGCUGAUCACACCGGCCUGCAUCCGAGCGCUGUACGACAUUCCGGUUGCGAGCCAGACCCACCAGAAUAACACGCUUGGCAUCUUUGAGUUCGUGCUCGAUCAAUACGACCAGGAGGACCUAAAUCUGUUCUUCCAGAAUUUCGCCAAAGAUGUUCCGCAGGGCACACAUCCAGAGCUGGUGUCGAUCAAUGGAGCCACUGCCCCUACGACACCCAAAGACGGCGGCGGCGAGUCCAUCAUCGAUCUGACCUUGGCUUUCUCUUUACUUUAUCCGCAAAAUAUCACGCUGUAUCAAACAGGAUACACGAAGAAGCAGGAGGAGCAGCUGCUCCAGGACGCAGAGGGACCUAUGCUAAACAGGAUCCAAAUUGCCGGAGGCAUUGCUAUCCUUGAGAACCUGCUCAACGCUGUGGACGGCUCAUUCUGCACGCCAGCAGCUAAGGAGCAGGGCCUUGACUGUGGCACGACAUCCUUGACUCCCGUGCUGUCAGUCUCGUACGGAUCUCCCGAGAUCAACAUGCCGUUCAAAUUUGCCCAGAGGGCGUGCAGCGAAUACAUGAAGCUGGCGUUGAAGGGCCAUACGAUCUUGUUCGCGUCUGGUGACUGGGGUCCUGGCGGCAACCCUAUCCCCAGUGGCAACGUCAGCGCCGUCUCCAACGCCUGCAUCAAUCUCAAACAACCGCAGAAUGGGCUGCUCAAUGGCACAGUCUUCAAUCCCGGGUUUCCGUCUACCUGCCCGUACGUGUUGAGCGUCGGUGCCACGCAGUUGACCAGCAAUGAGACGGUCCAGGAUCCAGAAUCGGUAAUGCAUCCCCCGGACGACGUUGCCCACACCCCUAGCUAUCUCCCAGUUGGCAGCUCUGGAGGCUUCUCGAACUACUUCAAGGAGCCGAGCUAUCAGUCCUCCGCCGUCAGCAACUACCUUGCCAAGUACAAGCCGGGAUACAAGACCUACGACUUUCCAGGAGGGCAGAAGGUUGGAGCGAAUGGUGGGAUUUAUGCAACGGGCGGACGUGCUUUUCCAGAUGUUGCUGCCAACGGCGCAUACCUCGCCAGCUUCACCCACGGCAAAUUCGGACCGCAAUUCGGCACCUCGCUCUCCACCCCGAUCUGGGCGUCUUUGAUCACGAUGAUCAACAACGAGCGCACGGCGCAAGGCAAAGGCCCGGUCGGCUUCGUCAAUCCCACGCUGUACAAGAAUCCUCACAUCUUUCACGACAUUACUUCGGGCUACGCGCCUGGCUGCGGCACUGAUGGCUUCGCGGCCGAGCCGGGCUGGGAUCCGACGACUGGCCUGGGUACGCCGAACUAUCCUGAGCUGCUCAAGGUGUUUCUGGCUCUGCCGUAGCCGCCGAAUACGACUACUCACGUGAUCUGAGUGUGAAAGUGGCGUCAGGGUACUGCGGCAAUAGAUGGAAUGUGUGAUUACUUCGCUUCUACAAAACUUCCUUCGCAUUGACAUUCAUGACUGGAUAUCUGGUUGAGUCACCGGUGAAGCGUCCGUCGUACCCUUGCCUUGUGUGUGCAGCCGACCGUCACUUUUGCCCGAUGUGGUUAGCGCCACUGGUUUGGUGGCAAAUCAAAUGGCUGACGAGUCUGGCCUUAUAGCGCUGCGACUGCCUAGAGGUGCAGUGCUAAAGUGAGGCGUGG